ACUGAAGGUCAUAGUCGUCAUCACGCGGAUAGGUUUUGAAUUAUGAGGUGAUAACGGAGCUUUCAAGUGGAGAAUUAGGCAGCUUUUUUUUUUACUUUAACUAAUUACAAAUUCGAUUCGUUUUAAGUUACGUGAACGUCUCUGAUUUUACUUAACAGCUCGAUUAAGGAAUACAAAUAAGUGCAAAUAACUUGAAAUUUGGUUACCGAGCAAGAAAUCACCUCAUCAAUGUACUGAAACGUGAUGAGUUGGUACAUCGGCGACCAUGGGGAAGUUAUUUUCAAAGAUAUUUGGAAAUAAGGAAAUGAGGAUAUUAAUGUUGGGUCUUGAUGCAGCAGGAAAAACAACUAUAUUAUACAAAUUAAAAUUAGGUCAGUCUGUCACGACGAUACCAACUGUAGGAUUUAAUGUAGAAACUGUAACCUACAAGAAUGUUAAAUUCAGUGUAUGGGAUGUUGGAGGUCAAGACAAAAUUCGUCCAUUAUGGCGCCACUACUAUACUGGAACACAGGGGCUUAUAUUUGUGGUAGACUGUGCCGAUAGAGAUAGAAUUGAUGAAGCUAAACAAGAGCUCCAUCGAAUUAUUAAUGACCGAGAAAUGAGAGAUGCUAUCAUUCUUAUAUUUGCUAACAAACAAGACCUUCCAGAAGCAAUGAAACCACACGAAAUUCAAGAGAAACUAGGUCUUACUCGUCUGCGCGAUAGGAAUUGGUAUGUGCAGCCAUCAUGUGCAACAACAGGAGAUGGACUCUAUGAGGGCCUCACUUGGUUGACUUCUAAUUUCAAAUCCUGACUAAAGCCCAAGUUUGAGGGGCCCCAAUGAUAACUUGAUCUUUUGUAAAUUUUUGGACUUGAAGUAGGAAAAUCUAAAAUUCCUAACAGGAAAGGAAAUAAAUUUUCUGUUUGAUUAAAAUUUUUAAUAAUGACAUUUCAAACAAAAAAGACAACUAUCAAUAGAUAUCUAUGUAAUAUCUAUAGGUACAUAGAUAUAUAAACAAAUACGACUUAUAAUACACAUAUUCAAUUGCACAUGCGCAUUCAUAUGAAUUAAUAUUUUUUGUAAGCCAGCCAAUAUAUCUAAAGAUAUUUUGGCCAUCUAGUGUGUGCACAUGUGUGUAUGUGUGUUUGUGCAUGCAUACUUGCCAUCCUGCUGUCUCUACAACAGAUGUCCAUUAAGUGCAGCCAAGCUAAUAAACUCCAUUGAAAUUCUCCAAUUUUGCAGAAAAAAAAAAAAGACACCUCAUUGCCAAGAUUCCUUUUUAAUAUUUCAGUCUGUUUUAUUAAAGGGAUCUGUUGCAGUUGAAGGGAGGGAUUUUGUUAUAUUUUUGAAAAAUAAAUAAUAAAAAAAAAAUGUUACAGACAAAAAUAUUCCUGAGCAGGAUUGAGCAGAUAUUUUUUUUUUUUCAAUCUAAGUAAAUAAAACAAAUUACUCAGAAAAAUGAACCAAUUUGGUUUAUUUUUCUAAUCUGUUCAGCUGUUAGACAGGUUCUUUUUUUUUUCUCCCCCAAAAAAUGCUGUUUUCAUUUGAUAUUAAACAAGGCAAAAAAAAAAAACCAUGUUUGGAUGCAAUUGGUUUUCCUCA